CAAAGGGACUUACCGGCGAGAUAUGUCAAAUAUUGGAGCGCCGCCGUGAUGAAUGAAUAUCAGAUUGGGUUGCGACAGUGACAUGCUAGCUUUUUUCUUCAUUUCUCGUUUCCUCUAUGCUCCUUUAGCGGUAUCACGAUAUUUUGAUACAGUCUGAGAAUGGGGCCAACACGUAGUAAUGCCAGUUGCGUUUUUGCCGGCGCGUCAGCCACCUGCAGCCUUCAAAGCUGAGAAAAUGCAUAGCUCUACCACCACCACUCCCAAGAAAGUGCUAUCAGUCAUCCAUAAUAUCCCACGGAAAGUGAAGACUAGCCGCUCCAGGAAUGCCCGGCGAUUCCGAGGGAAAGAGAACGUUCCUCCCAUGGCGGCGCUUGAUGACCUCCUUCGCAUGCCCACUAUCGUUAUCACGAGCCCUUCAAGUCAAACACUCGAUACUUCUCAGGCGUGGCUGCCAAGGGAUGGGAUGAUGAUUAUCAAGGUGUCAGUACCCUCCAGUGACGAUAUCUGGAAGUUCAAGGUGCCGGUGGACGUCAUGCUGCCGGACUUUCUGUUGCGAGUAGAGAAGAAAGUCGGUUUCCCAGUCCAUCUCGUGUGCGACAUGGGGAUUGCGCCUGCGAUGCCUGUCACAACGGAAAGCACCUUCAGAAUAUGGGUCGCGGGUAGAAUCCAAAAUGGCAAGAAUACGAAGCUCAUCGCGGAGCCCCGUCUUUAAUCAACCCGCCGCACGCUAGCCUCCUUUGUCAACCCUCCGAGAUCCGCGGUCUUGCGCAUGGGCCUUGCUUCACCAUAAUGGCGGUCUUGACUCUCGAAUUCCUCGCUCAGACGAUCUUCCAAAUGUUUCCUCCAGAUAGAUUCGACAUGCGGCGUUGGCUUUGGCGAUAGUUUUGACACCUUCCACUCAUUUUAUGCAUGUUGCUCGUCACCAAAUUGGGUCUCUGUCUCCUUCCAGGCCAUCCUCAG